AUGACCCAACAGGUAAAAUAUUUCUUGCCUGACGACAGCCCUUCACAAAUUGGCCGGAAAUUACAAGGCGGUCAUCAUCAUCUUCAAGCAAAGACAACAUCAAUUUUACGUUCUAGCACUAAUGAAUCUACCGAUUCAGAUUUACUCCCUGGGUUUGAAAGUGGUCCUUUCCUAAACCAACCAAUGGUUAAAUGGGAAUGUCCCCCUCAGUUUGCUAUUAGUCCUCAUUGGUUUGUUAGAGCCGGUGAAGCAAGUGAGGAGAAAGAUACUGAGAAGCUGAGAGAAUUGAGAGUGCUUGAAGCACAUUACCCUCGUUCUUCUUCCAUUCCACAAAGCCCUUUGGUUUCUUUGGAUGUAGAAGAGAAAGAUUAUGAUGAUACCGCUACUCCUAUAGUCUCACUCAUUCCUAUUGAGGAGACUGAGGAUUAUGAUGAUGAUAACGCUUCUUCUGAUAUCGUCCCUCUCAUUCCUAUUGAGGUCCAGGAGGAAGUGGCUAUGGAUAUUUCGCCCGAACGCACAGUGUUAAAUGCUCCCUCUGAUAUGCAUUCACAGAAAUUGCAGCAACAACAUCUAUCAGCAACAACUCCUCUUAGUUCCGGUUGUAACCCCUCGUCUUCUACUGUUUCUUCAGAUGAUGGCGGUGUAACCGCCUUAUCUAGGGUGUCUGCACAAGAUUUAGCAACAGUUGCUGCUCUAAUAGAAGCCAUAUUAAAGAUCAAUCAACAUGGAAGCUUAAUUGAUGUGGAUCUACUAAUUAAAAUAUUUAAUAACCCCCAAAUGGUUGAGAGAUUGAGUACUGAAAAUAGAAUUCCACCACCCAAUUUAAGAACUGAUUCAUCUUCAAACAAUCCUCUGAGCAUAUCCACUUUUGGAUUAAAUCCUACUUUUCCAUCAAUUCCACUAAUGCCAUUGUCUACAUCUCCACCUUGUGGUGUGGCAGCUUAUUCUGGGACUACUCCACUAACAGGUGUUGCAAGUUUAUUACCUUCUCCUGUGGUGAUGCCUUCAGCUCCAUCAUUUACAGUGUUGAAUCCUGCCCCUAAUAACUGGACAACUCAUCUCGCAGCGGCUGCGAAUUUAUCAUAUUCAAUGGUCAAUUCCACACAUGGUCCUCACCAUGCAGUAACUGCUCCAUUGUCUUGUCCUGUCUGUGCACCAAAUACAGCUGAUCCUCAAAUGCAGUUGUCUCGGCAUGCAUACACACCAUUUGAGCCUGCUUCUCAAAUUGCAACAGUUGUCAGUGAAAAUAUAUUCACAAGUCAAAUGGAGUACCUCCUCAUAAGGAUACAGUUCGGGCGACAUCAUCAUUAG